CGUGCAUGCACGGCUGUGUAUCGGCGUCUUUGCGGUCCUCCUGAGCUCUGAGUGGUGCUGUCUCGCAUCUGUCGCCCUGCAACGACUGCGCUUCCAUUGCAUUUCUCCAGCAGCGGACUAACCAGGCCCCUCGCAGCCGCUACACGGUGCCCCCGAGCCGGGCUGAUUCCCACCGCAGACCCGGGAGGUGAGACGGUGGCGGCACAGCGGAGGACGACGGACUCCAUAACCGCUGCGAAGGCCGGAUCUACGGCGAGGAAAAGCCCAGGAUGUGAUGAAAUCCUAAACAAAGUGCGACACACACACAGAGACACACACGAGCCCCUGCACAUCAUAAACGGGCCCGUGUUGCGCUGCAACUUUGCGUUUUUGGCUCUCGGUGGGCGCAGAAGGCGGAUAAUCAUAGAGGUGAGGUCGGGGGAAUUAUUGUCUGGGGAAGGGUGACGCGCACUUCUCAGCAGCCCCUGCGCUGUCAGACGAGGAAGUGAAGCUCCACACACGCCCAUUCGAGCCUGUCGACCCUGCUGAAAAAGCCCGGAGCCGCUCAUCAGAUAACAGCAACGGACUUUCCAAACAUGCGCCCACUUUCGGAUGGACGGCAGCGGGAAUAACCUGCAGGACGUCGAGCAUUUCAGCAGCGAGCUUCAGUGUUGAAGGAUGGACAGGGAGCCGGUUCGGCAGAGCCAAUCAGAUCACGGCGAGGCCAAUGGAACGAGCCCUGAGUCCUCCACCGCCCCUCCGACCCCCACGCCUCCUCGGCUGACCCCCAACCCCAUGCUCCUGGACUCCCCCGCGCCCUCGCUGACGCCCACCACCUCCUCCCCUCCCCCGCCUCUCACCCCCGCUCCCUCCAUCACCACAAACCACGGACCAAAGGCGGCGGCAGCAACGGCCAGCGCUCCGUCUCCUCACGUCCUCGUCCCGACUCCCCCUAAACUUACCUCCACCCCCGCCCCCGCCCUCCGCACAUACUCCCGACACAACCAUUCUUCCAAAAUGUCUUCCUCCGUGCAAACCCCCCCUUCCCCCUCCCUUCUCCCUCCCCCUUCGUCCUCCUCCUCUCCUGUCGUAGCGACCGCUCCUUCACCGCUCCUCUCAUCCUCUCCGACUUCUUCUGCGACGCACAACAACACCACCAUGUCUACCAAGAUCUCCACCAGCCUGACCAACGGGAGCGCCAGGGUCCUCUCUGCAACCUCAACGCCGAUCACACCGUUUCACACACCGGCCAGUCCACCUGGCAGACAGGUAUCACAGACUCCUGUGGGCACACCUGGUCUUGUGCGAACCAAUCAGAACCCCUCCCCUGUCAGGCAUCCCAAGGUAUCCCAGCAGACAUUGCUCCUAGGAAAAGGUCUCAAAGGGUCGGGCCAAGACCAGGUGUUGCUUAGAGCUCAGAUGCUAAUUCUUACGUCUGCUAUGCGGCCGCCCCAGCCGUGCUCCUCCUCUUCCUCCUCCUCUGUUUCCACUUCUCCUCCUUCCUCUAACCCCGCCUCGGCUCAGCUCCAGAGUCUCACCUUGAGGCCUCCUCCCCCCGGGACUCUCGCCAUCCCUCCUUCCCUACGCCUCAAGCCCAGCGCCACGGCCCCGCCUCCCCUCUUACGACCUCAAGCCCCCCUCUUCCCGAUUCUCAAGCCGCGACCUCAGUCCANUUCCUCUUCACGCUCGUCUCCCACAGCUCUCUAUUCUCCGGUUCGAGCCGUCCCUCUGAGACCCAGACUUCACUCUCCUAACGGUCACAGGGCGGUGUCACCUCGACAGACCUCGGCCCUCCAACCAAUCGCUGCUGCUCCCUCCAGCCAGGCGUCUUCCAUCAGCCGGCCGCUGGCGGGACUGAAGAACUGUCCGUUAACUCACAGCCCGGUAUCUGUCUCCAGCGCUCUGUCAGCUGUGCCGCAUUUUGAGCGCUCGUUAUCUGCAGCGAAGCAGCUUCAGAUCAUCGCCCUCUCUUCGGGUCGCCAGCCACAGCCGGGAACGUACACGCAUGCUUCGGUGCAGCCGCCGCCUCCAGCUGCAGAGUCGCCUGAGGUUUCCGCCCAAUCAAAGAGGACUUUGAGCACCGAAGACGUCCUUCCUCCUCCUCCUCCUCCUCCUUUAAACCCCUUGUUGCCAAAAACCACCUCUCCUCUGCCCUCACCUCCGUCCCUUCUGAGUCCAGCCUCUCCGCAGAGUCAAGCUGAGCCGCAAAAUCUGACCCAGAAGGUGGAGGUAAAGGAGGCUGAAGAGCAGAGAAAGAGAGCUGCAGCUGUGAGACAGGAAGUCAAAGAUGAGGAAAGCAUUGCUAAAGACCUGCGAGUGGAGAAAGAUGACCAAAGAGAGAAGGUGAAGGAGGAGGAGCCCAGUGAGGAGCAAAUCAGCCAGGAGGUGCAGGAAGUUAGCCGAGAGGAGGAUCAAAUGGAAGUGACAGAAGAAGGCCAAAGUGAGAGAGAGAGGAGAGAGGAAGGCAAGGACAAGAAGAUGGAGGAGGAAGAGGAAGGAGAGACUCCAAUGGACCAGUCUGAGAACCAGACUGCACAGCUUCCCCAUCAGCACCACAACACGGACCCUCUCCCAGGACCCGAGUCUGUUAAAGACUCCACUGUGGACUCAAAACCCAUCACGGGUCUCGUUUCAACUCCACUUCCAGUCCAAACUCCAGCACCAGUCCCGGUACCAGAGCCAGCUCCAGUCCCCGAAGCCUCUGCCCAGAGUCAGAGGCUGCCAGAGCCUCAGAAGGACCUUCAACCCGUCAGCCAGGAGGACUUCUGUGAGAACAUGUCGACCCAGUCCGACAAUCAGUCAGCGUUGUCCAGCCUCUCCUCUCAGUCUCCCCCCUCCUCACCCAUCACCACUCCUUCGGCAGAAAACCCUCCUCCUCUCCUCCCGGCGCAGACCGCCCUCCCGACCGACCUCAGCCUACCGCAGCACGAGCCGGCGAAGGUGGACAAAGCAGGUGGCGAGCAGCAGCCGCCCACGGAAACUGAGGCGGAGCCUCUCGGACAAUUGGAGGACGAGUCAGAGAGCUUCGGCCAAUCACUGAGCAGCCCCUGGGAGCCCAGGCCGUGGCCCGAGGGACGGCAGGUUCUCACCCACCUGGUGGAGGGAUUUGUCAUCCAGGAGGGGCUCCAACCGUUUCCUGUGAACCGCUCAUCCCUGCUGGUUCCAGAGCAGGUGCCCAAACCGCAGGAAGUGAAUGGGACCAAUGGGAAAGCGGCGCUGCCUGUAACGGAAACGAUAAAACAAACGGAGCACUCCACAGAUUCGGACGAAGAGGAAGGAGGAGACACGGACGAUCCUGGGAGCAAGGAAGAUCCCGCUGUCGCCAUGACGGCUAGGAUGGAGCGUCGGGCGGCUCGGAGAGCGAGGAGGGCGUCGGCGCCGGCCGUGACCACUUCCACGCCUACCACCACGUUUAAGCCGGCCCCCUCGCAGUGGAGCGUGGAGGAAGUCACCGCCUUCAUCUACACGCUGCCAGGCUGCAGCGACGUAGCGGAGGCUUUCCGGGUGCAGGAGAUCGACGGGCAGGCUCUGCUGCUGCUCACCGAGGACCAUCUGAUGACCAGCAUGAACAUAAAACUGGGACCUGCUCUGAAGAUCUGCGCUCACAUCAACGCACUGAAAAACCAAUGAGAGACAAAGAAGAGAAACAAAGUGAGGAAAAGAGAAAGCGUUUAAAAUGGAAGAGGGGAAAAAAGGCAAUAAAGACGCGAGGAAAAGAGAGAAAUCGGCGGAAGUCAAAAGCUGACACCAAGGACGACAGAACAAAGUCACAAAAAGAGAUUUGUGGGAAUUUAUAAUUUAUGAGAUUAUAAAUGUAGGCGUGGCCUUAGCAGAUGGGAACUGGAGAGGAGUGCGGGAGCAUGACGACACCAGAGUCCAUGAGACGUCUCACCAGUUUUGGGCCCUCCGACUGUAGCAGGAGACGGGGGGGGUUUUGUAACUUUGUGUAUAUUUUACAUGCCGCUGGAGAGUGUACAUUUGAAGCUAUUUGAUGAAGGAUUUUGAACAUUUAAUAUAUAAAAUUUGUCUAUUUAGUUUUUUUAGAACGUGACGUCAGCAACAAAUCUAUCCAGUAGCUAAACAUAACCCGUGUGUGUAAAAGGAAAAAAAAACAAUAAUGCGUAGACUUUGUAAGUGAUUAAUGAAAGUUUAAUGUUUUAUAUCACUAUAUUCUGGACAAAGACAUGUCUGUGUAUUAAAAAAGUCACUAUCAGGGUAGAGGCUGGUGUCUUUAAUCGUCACAUUUUUAUGGUAUCCUGCUUGAAAUUAUUUAAUAAAUGAAUAAUUGAUCAUCAAACGA